AUGGAAAACCCAGCGGAUUGCAUUUCCCGUGGAAUCUCAGCCGACACUAUCAUCGACUUCGAUCUCUGGUGGCAAGGACCUGAAUGGCUUCGACAACCCCAAGCAAAUUGGCCAAUCUCUACGAAUGCAUCCGAUCAACCACCUGAAGCAUUGGAAGAAGCUCGUCUAACAACCAUAGCUGUCCCAUCGUUGCCAACUGAACCAUCUUUCGUCGACCGGCUAGUCGGAAAAUUCUCCAGCUAUCAACGUCUCAUCUGUGUCACCGCUUUUUGCUGCCGUUUCUUCAAAAAUUGCCGAAUACCGUCCAGUGAGCGCCCGAAAACUAUCCUACAAAAUAGGGAAGAGUUAAUUGGAGCGGAAAAUCUGCUAAUCAAAUUGGUGCAACAACAAGCGUUUAACGAAGAUUGGAAACAACUUCAACAAUUGAAACCCGUGUCAUCUAAAUCCCGCCUCAAAUGGUUCCAUCCAUUUCUCUCUCCAGAGCAGAUAAUUCGAAUCGGUGGCAGACUACAAACCUCGAAUCAACCGUAUGAUAGCAAGCAUCAAAUUCUCCUACCCGCUUCACACAGACUCUCGACGCUUCUAAUCCAGAGUUACCAUAAACUCCACCUUCACGCAGCACCUCAACUGCUUCUAACCCUACUCCGACAACGGUACUGGAUCAUAGGGGCCAGAAACUUGGCCAGGCGUUUGGUCCACAGCUGCAUUAUCUGCUUUCGAGCGCGACCAAGAAUGCUGGAACAAUUCAUGGCUGGACUUCCUUCUUCGAGAACCAUCGCGACUCGACCCUUCGCUGUAACAGGGAUCGACUACUGGGGACCAAUUCUGCUUAAGCCAACUCACCGCCGUGCUGCACCAGGAAAGGCCUACGUUGGUGUUUUUGUAUGCUUUUCCACGAAAGCCGUCCAUUUGGAACUAGUUCCUGAUCUCAGCACUCCGAAAUUUAUACAAGCACUCCGCCGGUUCGUCUCUCGAAGUGGACUUUGUUCCGAUCUGCACAGCGACAACGGUCGCAAUUUUGUUGGAGCGAACAACGGAUUACGGGAUCUAGUCAGCAGUAAAACCCAUCACGAUGCAAUCGCAGCCGAAUGCAACCAACAUGGGAUUCGCUGGCACUUCAACCCACCGAGAGCAUCUCAUUUCGGUGGCCUUUGGAAGGCUGCGAUCAAAUCAGCUCAAAAACACUUUGUCCGUGUCCGCGGAACGCAUACCCUUGCUUACGACGAUAUGACCACGCUACUGUGCCAAAUAGAAUCCUGCCUGAAUUCCCGACCGAUUGUUCCACUGAGUGACGAUCCUACCAACUUCGAACCGCUAACUCCAGGUCACUUUUUGACGGGAUCCUGCCUCAAAAGUGUUCCAGAUUCCGACCUCUCCAAAAUUUCAUCAAACCGACUCCGCCAAUGGCACCUAGUUCAAAAACUGUUCCAGAAUUUGUGGAAGAGAUGGCUCUUGGAAUAUCUUUCUACAUUGCAGCCACGUACCAAAUGGUGCAAUCCACCCUUUCAACUACAGACCGGCCAACUGGUGAUCCUUCGCAACAACAACAUCGCACCGAUCCAAUGGCCAAUGGCACGAAUCCUUCAAGAUCAUCCUGGUCCAGACGGCAUCCAAAUCCUUGCACAUGGCAUUUCUGAUGCAACAACUGGACGCCCGACAUUCCUGACGCAGCAAGUGAACGACCGGCAUCCAGAACGACUCCAGCAUAGCAACACGGCGACAUCGACAACUCCACCAACGGACGUUGUACCCCUGAUACCCCUGACGAAGCAGAACCGAGCUGGUAGCAGCAACGACGACAACGACGGCAGCAGAGCGGAGCCAACAAUCCUUACGCAGCAGUAA